UUAUUCUUGAGGUGUUUAGUAUCUUGUUGACAAUUGUUUCUAUAAUUAUCAGUCUUUCUGUGAUAUUCGAACCGAGAGGAUCUCAUGAUAUAGUCGACAAGAGUACAAAUUGCGAAUAGAAAUGUUUCUGAAGCGUUAUGAGUUCAGUGGGAGAAUUCUGCAAAAUGUUGCUGCAAUUUCAAUAAAUCUUGUUCAAGUUGUAUCUGGAAUUGCAUUGGGAUGGAGUUCACCAAUUUUUCCACUUCUUAUCUCAGAAGAUACACCUCUUGCAGAUGGUCCUAUAAGUGUUGAUGAAGCUUCUAGGAUAACUGCCAUUUUCUAUUUAAGUGGUUGUGUUGGAUCAAUUAUUUUUGGUCGUUUAGCCGACUAUAUUGGGAGAAAAUGGACCAUAAUUCUUGGAGCAAUUCCGCAAAUUUGUGCAAAUAUCUUGAUUAUUUUGGCCAAAAAUGGUACUCAUCUACUCAUCUCAAGGGCUCUCAGUGGUGUUGCAAGCAGUGCCCAUUUUAUUCUUGUACCGGUGUUUCUGUCAGAAAUUGCAGAAACCAAGUGAGUUUUUUUUUGGGGAACAUUUUGAUAAGACUGUAGUUGAGUUUUGUGUUGACUUUGAAGUAGUCUACAGAUUAUCUAAUGCAUUACAA